AUGCGUCAAGGACGUUCCGACGUCCAGAUAGUCGACGCGGACGGCCGCAUACUCCCCACAGAAGGUUACAACGUCUGGACUCUUGUGCAGGCUAUACAUCACAACCCCAAGUACUGGAAAGAUCCUGAUGCUUGCAUUCCUGAGCGUUGGCUCGUUAGCCCGGAAGACCCAUUAUAUCCCCAUAAGGGCGCCUGGCGGCCAUUUGAGUGGGGUCCACGGAACUGCAUCGGGCAGACGUUGGCGAUGCUCGAGUUGAGAAUCGCGCUGGUCAUGACUUUGAGAGAGUUUGUCAUCAAGCCUGCGUACGAAGACUGGGAUAAGCUUCACCCUAAAUCCGGUAUUCGUAGCGUCAAAGGUAAUAGGGCGUAUCAAGCAGUAAAGGGCGGGGGCGGGGCACAUCCGGCAGAUGGAUUCCCUGUGAGGAUUGGCCUACGGAGUUGUUGA